CCCCUCGUAGAAAAGUUUGUCCUUUUGUUUACCGGUUUCAAAUCUCCGACAUGUCAAACGCCUGUUCUUACCAUCAAAUCCUUCUCUAUUUUUGUCUGAUGUUCUGUUUCUACUUGCCUUGUUGUGUAAAAUCCGAUGAACUCCAAAUGUUAUUGAACCUGAAAUCAGCUCUUAAUGAAUCAAGCACCAAUGUUUUUGAUUCAUGGGAGUCUACAAAUUCUGUUUGUAGCUUCAACAGAAUCACUUGCAACACCGAAGGGUCUGUUAAGGAAAUCGAGCUUUCGAACCAGAACCUGGUGGGUGUUCUUCCUUUGGAUUCGAUAUGUCAGCUUCAAUCUUUGGAUAAGCUCUCCUUGGGGUUCAACUCAUUGCACGGAGAAAUCACUGAAGAAUUGGGUAAUUGUUUAAAUCUUCAAUAUUUGGAUCUCGGAAACAAUCCCUUCACCGGUUCGUUUCCAGAUAUAGCAUCUCUCAGCAAAUUACAGUCUCUAUACUUGAAUGGAAGUGGAUUUUCCGGCAUCUUCCCAUGGAAAUCGCUUGAAAACAUGACGGAUAUUGCUGUUCUAAGCCUCGGGGAUAAUCCUUUCGAUCGAGCUCUGUUCCCUGAUCAGAUUUUGAAGUUAAAGAAACUGAAUUGGCUUUACUUGGCGAAUUGCAGCAUCGAGGGGAAGAUUCCACCCGCCAUUGGAGACCUCACUGAGCUUAUGGAACUGGAGCUUCAAUACAAUUAUUUGUCAGGUGAAAUUCCGAUGGAGAUUGGAAAGCUUCACAAGCUAUGGCAGCUUGAGCUUUACAACAAUGAAUUGACCGGGAAACUUCCUGUCGGAUUGCGAAAUCUUACGAAGCUCGAAUUUUUCGAUGCCUCGGCAAACAAUCUUGAAGGAGAUAUUGCAGUGGUGGGGUCUAUGACAAAUCUGAUAAGCCUGCAACUCUUUGAGAACAAAUUUUCCGGCGGAGUGCCGCCGGAGCUGGGCGAGUUCAAGAAACUGGUGAACCUGUCUCUCUACACUAAUUUGUUGACGGGCCCUUUGCCUCAAAAACUUGGUUCUUGGGCUGAAUUCAACUACAUCGAUGUGUCGGAGAAUUUCUUGACUGGUCCGAUUCCGCCCGACAUGUGCAAGAAAGGUACCAUGAGAGCUCUUCUUAUGCUUCAGAACAAGUUCUCCGGCGAAAUUCCGGCGACUUACGCGAGUUGCACCACGUUGAAGCGGUUUAGAGUCAGUAACAACUCACUCUCCGGCAUUGUUCCGGCGGGAAUAUGGGGAUUACCGGUAGUGGAUAUAAUUGAUAUUGCCUACAAUCAACUUGAAGGUCCAAUUACAUCUGAUAUUAAGAACGCUAAACAAAUGGGGAUACUGUCGGCUGAAUUCAAUCAGUUCUCAAGUGAAUUGCCUGGAGAGAUUUCGGAAGCUAAAUCUUUGGUUAGAAUUGAGCUAAACGACAAUCAAUUUUCAGGGAAAAUCCCACAUGGAAUCGGGGAACUUAAAAGAUUGAGCAACCUUAACUUGCAGAACAACAGGUUGUCUGGUUCAAUACCAGAUUCACUAGGUUCUUGUGUUUCCAUCAGUUCCAUAAACAUUGCUGAUAACGUUCUUUCUGACAAAAUCCCAUUGUCAUAA